GAGUUCGGGCACGGGCACCCGUGUUCCAGCAUGGUAACAGCUUCCUUAACCUUCCUGCAGCCUUCCGCUGCUCUGGUGCUUGUCCUGCUUCCCUGGUGCCGGUSCCGAGCGGGUCAACAGCCUUUUUCCCCAGCACCCUUUCCCGGUAGAAAGCUCCGCAUGUACUGGGAUGUUGUCUUAUCUCUGGUACAACAAUAAUAACAGUACCAUACAGAGAAGAAGAGGAAGGAAAAAAAAWUUUCCCUCUGUUGCUGCAUUAGUUUCAGUAUGUUGAUUCUAGUUUUCCCACCCGCUAAUUUCUCCUCAUUUUCUUACCCACUGUAGUAUUUUGCUGUUUACGCUGUAGCGUGAACGGAACAGUGCAGCCUGGGGUAGGUGCAUGCAUCUUGUGCUCAUGUGGAAUCUAUUUAAGACCCUUUGUGGGGCCUCAUUCCAAACUAUGUGCCCUUCAACCUAAACUCUGUAGCAGGAGUGAGUUUUUUAGAGAGCCAUUUAGAUUCUUGUAACACAUGGGAGAGUUUGGCAGCAUUGUGAGUUGAGUGAAAAAAGCUGGGGGGGGUUGUGUAGCUGAAAUARGUACAGAAAGAGUUUGUGUACACUUUGUGUUUUCUYCGUGCCGUACCUUGCGCUGACGAGRAAACUGAAGUUAGCGGAGCAGAGAUAUGUGAUAAAUGCUAUUUGCUGGCUAAGUCGGACGGCUUGGACUCGGAUUCUGGAGGAUGAGAGUUUGUCCUCUCUGAUGCGAGCGGAUUAAUUGUCCCGAGCGAGCUCCCCGGGGGAAGCCGUGCGGUGGAGCCCCGGGUGCGGAGCCGGUCUCGGGGCGGCGCCAGCCUCCCAGGAAAUGGAGCUUCCCCUUUAACACUGCUUAUUACCAUGCGAGGAGAGUUUCUGGGGGUGGAGUCGGGCAGGCUGGAUAAAAGCCUGCGGGAUUUGCAGCCGGCUGAGCCUGCAAUCAGCAUGAACUGCAGCCUGGAGCACCGAGCGCUGCUCAGCUCUGCCAUGGAGGGACAGCGGGACAGGCUGUGCCUCCAGACUCUCUGGGACUUUGUCACAGCAAGGGAGACAUUGAUCAAGUCACCGGUUUUUCCAGUGCUGUUUUCUUUUACAGCAUAUAUGGCUUUCUGUCUUCCGUAUAUUGCACUGGACUUCUUAAGCAUCAGACUACCAGACCUGAGAAAAUACAAAAUCCAGCCRCAGAACUAUCCAAGCCUGGGAAUGAUGGUGCCUUGCAUUAUUCAAAGCGUGUAUCACCAUGUCGUUUUGAUCUUCCCAGUGACAGUUCUGCACUGGUACUGGAGACCCAUGACUCUACCAGGGAUAGCUCCAGAGCUGCCUGAGGUCCUGCUGCAGGUAGCAGUUUGUCUGCUGCUGUUUGAUUUUGAGUAUUUCCUGUGGCAUUUGCUCCAUCACAAGGUGCCUUGGCUCUACAAGACCUUCCACAAGGUGCACCACAAGCAUGUGUCGACGUUUGCCCUUACUACACAGUAUUCYAGUGUAUGGGAGUUGCUCUCACUGGGAUUUUUUGCUGCUAUAAACCCACUGCUCCUCGGAUGCCAUCCUUUGACAGAAAUGAUUUUCUUCCUUGUAAAUAUUGGUUUGUCAGUGGAGGACCAUUCAGGAUACGACCUUCCGUGGUCAACUCACCGACUUGUGCCUUUUGGAUUGUAUGGAGGAGCACCACAUCAUGAUCUCCACCAUCUGAAAUUCAAAUCAAACUAUGCUCCUUACUUCACCCACUGGGACAAACUCUUUGGGACAUUCAUGGAGUCACAUGUAACAUCCCAUUCUAAUUAAGAAUGUUCAGCUGUGGAUGAACUCUUAUUCUUUAUAGACUAAACUGGGACUUUAUUUUUUUUAAAGACACACAGAAGAUUGUAUAUUUGAAGCUGCCUAUAAAAGCAAUACUAUUUAUAACAAAUCCUCUUAAUAUAUGUGUAUUUGUAUGUGUACUUGGAACUGCCUGUGUUAAGUGACUGCAAAUGGGAAAGUGAAUAUCUGUUACUUAAAUUUGAGUCAAAGGUUUAAGGGAAGCAUUAAGAGAUAUUCUCUCUCCUUUCCUUCUUUCCUGCUUUUAUAAAGCAUGUAUCAUGUUACUGUAUGUUUUAUACAUAUGCCAGAACAUUAUCUUACURUUGUAGGAUGAUUUAUGAUGUAAACAGAAAAGGUAUACAUCAUGGAUUUUGUGGAGUUUAAUCUGCCAGAGAAAAUUAUUGCGCAAYGAUUUUGUAAAAUAUUGCUGCCAAGCCAUGGUUGUUGGCUAACUGUUAAAUAAUUUUGAUAUUUAUAUUUUCAACCUUUAUGUGCCAUCUCUUUUUAACA